UAACCUUUUGUGCCCUUAUCAGUCAAGUGAUCAGUUUGAGCUGCAGGAGGAGUAGAGGUGAUUGGGUGAAUGAGGAAGGCAAAGUGCUCCUGCAUGUGUCAGAGCAGGGAGGAGCUAGUUUGGGGUGGUUUUACAAGAAAUUGAAACCAACUGACUGUAACUCAGCAGCUUUUUCUUUCCUUUCCUGGCUCCUUGUUUUGUUGUCAAAAGUCCUGGGCUAGGCUGAAUUUACAGCCUUCUUUGACAAGACAGGAGACACUUCAAGACUAUGUAUGGGACAACAGGAUGGGAAAAAGACAGCAGGCGCAGGAUGGCUGCUGCCUCCACCACCUCCUUUUCUAGGAGUUACCAGGAGCGGGAGAACUCUGGGCUGACAGAGGGAGCUGGAAAUCCCAGGGGGGACCCAACUUCUGCAGAAGAGUUAGGGUGCCAAAAACCAACUUGUCAGCAGCAGGAGCAGCAUACAGGCGCAUAUGUCUUGAUACCUCCAAAUGAAACCAGAAGGAACCAGAUACAGAAAAUUGCCAACAAAGAACUGGAGAACUUGGAGAGGUGGAAGGAACAGCACCGGCCAGGACCAAUUAACAUGAAACCACAGAAACUGGGCGGAACAAAAUCCGAGGCUGAAGCUAGGCAAAAACAACACAUCAGACACCUGCAAUCUAAAUACCAGCAAAAGCUGAAGAGAGAAGAAUAUGCAAGAAUCAAGAAGGAGACUGAAGAAGCUGAAAUCCUGAAAAUGAAAAUGAUUCAAAGAGAAAAGGCUGAUAAACUGGAAGAAAAAAGAAGGCAACAAGAAAAGCAAAGAAGAGAAAUGUUUAAUGAAGAUCACUAUUUCAAAACCACUGAACUAUUGGACAGAUUGGACUUGGGUUUGCCAAAGAGAAUCUCCUGUCAAAUGGCUAAUCCUAGCCCAGAAUCUACAGCAUGGACUAGAAGCCGCAGUUAUAAGCAAAGACUCCAGGAGGAUGAAAACAGAAGACUACAAGAAAAGAAGGCAGAACAACGGAGAAAGGGUGAAUUAUUGGAACUGAGACGAGAGCAAGAAGAGCAAGAAAGAACAAAAGUGCAUCAGAAUGAACAGAGGAGGGUAAAUAAUGCUUUUCUGGACCAAUUACAAAACAGAAGUCAACCAAGCAGCAUUCACCAAUCUGGACAUUUUGAAAAUAUGGAUCGUUUUGGCGGUGAUAGCUGGCACUCAAGGUAUUUUGAAUAAAAGAAUAAUACAACC